AUGCCUAUAUUAAAUAAUAGAUCUCCAGCCGAAGUUAACCACUUGGGUCCAAACGACAAUCUUUCCAGUCCAUCGACACCUUCAUCAGCAUCUUCUUUGUCUCCUCACCAAGUAAACAACUUUAGUGGUCAUAAAAGACAAUUGUCAUUUGAUGUUUCUCCCAGUCGCCACAGAAGUAACUCCAACACGCUAUCUCCAUCAACUUCCCACCAAAGUGCACAUAUAACCAGACAAAGAAGAUCUUCGUCCAUAAUCCAACAUUUAGAGCCAGACACUUUAGAUACUAAAGUCGACCAAGCAUUAAACCCUAAUGUCAAUGCCAAUUGGGUUCAUCAAAAGGGAGCCUGGAUCAUACACAUUGUUCUUAUAAUAUUCUUGAAGAUUUUCUUUAAUUUCAUUAGUGUGUUGGAUAAUGAUUGGAAAUGGACCUUGACCAAUUUGACUUAUAACAUUGGGUCAUACAUUAUGUUCCAUCAAGUCAAGGGGACUCCGUUUGAAUUCAAUUCAGGGGCCUACGAUAAUUUGACCAUGUGGGAACAAAUAGAUAAUGGUGACCAAUACACACCAAGUAAGAAGUUCUUGAUGUUGGUGCCAAUUUGCUUGUUUUUGAUUAGUACCCAUUAUUCCAGAUAUAAUUUGAACUUGUUUAUCUUGAAUGGUAUCAGUUGUCUUUGUGUAGUUGUUCCGAAGAUGGCAAUUGCCCAUAGAUUGAGAGUUACUUUGUAUUAA